UUCUUUGAAAUUUCAAUUUUUUCUUUUCAGUUCGCGGGAUGACAGAAUUCGAGUAGAAAGGAUGGAUAACACUUAUUUUGAAUACAGCCACGCUUUCCAGGCAGUUACCGAGUUUUAUGCCAAAGAGGUGGCUGACAGCAGGGGCUCUCAGAGUUUCUCUGGUGUCAUUAACUUGGAGAAGCCUGUAAUCUGCUCCUUGGCUGCCAUAAUAAGAUAUCUCAAGGAAUUUAACCUGGAAAAGAUGCUGUCCAAACCAGAGCAUUUUAAACAGCUGUCAAGUGGAAUGGAAUUCAUGAGAAUUAACGGAACAACGUUGAGGAAUCUGGAAAUCCUGCAGAAUCAGACUGAUAUGAAGACCAGAGGAAGUCUGCUCUGGGUUUUAGACCACACUAAGACCUCAUUUGGGAGGAGGCAGUUAAAGAAGUGGGUGACCCGGCCACUGCUUAAAUUAAGGGACAUAAAUGGCCGACUUGAUGCCAUAGCUGAUGUUCUCCACUCAGAGUCCAGUGUGUUUGAGCAGAUAGAAAACCAUCUGCGGAAAUUACCCGACGUCGAAAGAGGACUCGGUAGCAUCUAUCACAAGAAAUGCUCUACGCAAGAGUUCUUCUUGAUUGUCAAAAGCCUGAGUCACCUGAAGUCAGAGCUUCAAGCAUUAAUGCCUGCUGUUAAUUCCCACGUACAGUCAGACUUACUCCGAACACUCAUCUUAGAAAUUCCUGAGCUCCUCAGUCCAGUGGAACAUUACUUAAAGAUACUGAAUGAACAAGCUGCCAAAGUUGGCGAUAAAACUGAAUUAUUCAAAGACCUGUCUGGCUUCCCUUUAAUAAAAAAGAGGAAAGAUGAAAUUCAAGAAGUUACUCAGAGUAUCCAAAUGCAUUUACAAGAAUUACGAAAAAUACUAAAACUUCCUUCUUUACAAUAUGUGACUGUAUCAGGACAAGAGUUUAUGAUUGAAAUGAAGAACUCGGCUGUAUCUUGCAUCCCAGCUGACUGGGUGAAGGUUGGAAGCACAAAAGCUGUGAGCCGUUUCCACCCUCCUUUUAUUGUAGAAAACUACAGACGUCUGAACCAGCUCCGGGAGCAGCUAGUCCUUGACUGCGGUGCUGAGUGGCUUGAUUUUCUAGAGAAUUUUGGUGAACAUUACCACACUUUGUGUAAGGCCGUGAAUUACCUAGCAACUGUUGACUGCAUUUUCUCUCUGGCCAAGGUCGCUAAGCAAGGAAAUUACUGCAGGCCAACUCUACAAGAGGAAAAGAAAAUCAUCAUUAAAAAUGGAAGGCAUCCCAUGAUUGAUGUGUUGCUGGGCGAGCAGGAUCAGUUUGUGCCCAACAGUACAAGUUUAUCACAGGACUCUGAGAGAGUGAUGAUAAUCACUGGACCAAACAUGGGUGGGAAGAGCUCCUACAUAAAACAGGUCGCUCUGGUGGCUAUCAUGGCUCAGAUCGGGUCCUAUGUUCCUGCAGAGGAAGCAACAAUUGGGAUUGUGGACGCCAUUUUCACAAGGAUGGGUGCUGCAGACAAUAUAUACCAAGGUCGGAGCACUUUCAUGGAAGAACUCACGGACACAGCGGAAAUAAUCCGGAAAGCGACACCCCAGUCCCUGGUUAUCCUGGACGAGCUGGGAAGAGGGACGAGCACCCACGAUGGCAUCGCCAUCGCCUAUGCUACGCUGGAGCAUUUUAUCAGAGACGUGAAAUCCUUAACCCUGUUCGUCACCCACUAUCCACCAGUUUGUGAACUAGAAAAAUGUUACCCGGAGCAGGUGGGGAAUUACCACAUGGGAUUCUUGGUCAAUGAGGAUGAAAGCCAGCAGGAGUCAGCUAUCAAAAGAGGCAAGUUCAGAAGUGACUUGAUCAGGCCUGCUGCGUGAACUUGAUGAACUCGGAGGAUAAAUGCCCUUGCUGCCAAGCUGAUGCUGAGCUCAUCUCCGAAACCCACACUGAGGAGGGAAGACCUGACUUCCCAAAGUUGUCCUCUGGCAAGCACACCCUCUGGGCCAUGCAUGCACUGUCCCCACAGCAAAAGAAAUAAGUGUAAAGAAAGAAAAACAACUUGGAAAUUAUUUGAUCAGAACACAUCUCUUUAAUAUCAUUCUCAUUGAGAAAUUUGGCCUUAAAAUAGGUUUUGCUAAUUUUCUUUAUAAUAGAAACAUGGAUUAUUAUAUUCAUAGAUUCUGACAGUGAUUAGUUUUCAAAAUAUCCCCUAAUAAAGGGUGUAGCUUGCAAGAGAAGAACUCACUGAGAACCUUUGUGGUGAGGAUCUAGAACAGUGGGCUGUUUUUAUUCCUGUCUCCUCCCACCUGCCUCCUUCUGCCUCCAUAUCUCCCUCAUAGACAUGCACACAUGCAUGCCGCCCACCAAGAAGGUACAGGCUUGAGGCAAAAUCUAACAACAAAAAGAGACCCCUGGGGAGAGUGAUCAUGUUCUUUACCUUGAAGGCAUGAGAACAACCCUAAAGUGGAGACCAGCAUAUGGUGCUAGGUUCAGCCACUGUUUGUACUAACAUAUGAUAAUAAUGUGUUCAAGGUUCAGGGUAUUAUAAUACAUUAUGUAAAUAAACUGUAGUGUAUAGCUAUAUUAUGCUUAAAAAGCAUUGUAGAAAACAUGCACAAAGAAGAUAUGGAUGUAUAGUCCCAGGUCCUGAGGAGGCUGAGGCACAGGAUCACUUGAGCCCAAAGUUUGUGGUGACCCAGGUAAUACAGUGAAGCCUGUCUUAAAAAAUAAAAAGGAUAAACAGAACCAUUGUUUCAGCCAUCCCUACUGUUUAUAUAUAGCAUAUACGUAUCUGUAUAUCAUAUGUAGCUCCGACAUAUGCUAUGUAUUAUAUGCAAAGGGAAAAAAUACCAACUCUUGGAAAAUGUAUCCACAAACCCAUUUCUAAGAAAGGAGGGUUGCACUACAUACCAGGCUGUCUUUGGAUAAUGCUGGCCAGCAGCAUGCUUGGACAGAUGGGAGGACAGACAGAUGAAUGAAUUUUGUCUUGCUUAAGAAAGACCAGCAUGGAAGCUAGAUUAGCCUGGAAAGAGCCAGGACUAUUUUUUGUCUUAAGGUUUGCAUUUUUGAUGGCUACUGCUGUUCACUUGCCUCUUCAUCUUGUGCUCAUGGAAGAGUAACAAAAAGCUAUUGGCGUUUGCAGACUCCGACCUUCCCUAAUCCGCGCUCACCCACUUGUCACCCUUCUUUGUAUCCCUCUUUCAUUUGGAGGUAGAAGGUAUUCUUAGUGCUUGGUAAUAACGUCUGCGGCAUUCUUCUCCCCUCCUACUUGUAGCAAACACCCCGAGAAAGCUAUUAUUUUCUGCUACUGGAUUCUCAUCGGAGGUGAAUUCUAUUGUCUCCUUUUACUUUUGUGUUCAGUCUCUUGGCUUUUGUCAUCGGUAACUGAUUAUCAAAGCAUACCCCACUUGACAAAGAAGCCAAGGCUCUUGGUGAAUUUACCGCAUGUGCUAGGGUCACAGAAACCAUGAAGAUCUGGCCCGUCUAGGACCAGAUGUGACUCGAUGGUGAGUUUUUGUUUUAAAGCUGUGGGGUCCUGUAGUGCUUUUGUUUCUGAAAGAGCUAUGGAGCUCUGUACCUGAGCUUUCCUAGGUCUUUAAACUUUCAAAUUCGUGUGUGUGUGUGUGUGUGUGUGUGUGUGUGUGUGUGUGUGUGUGUGUGUGUAAGAGUUUGGAGGCUGGAAUGGUCCUUCAGAAUUACCUCAACUGGAAAUUAAAGAGGGUGAGGCCUCUAUAUCCUUUAUUAUAUAUUACUAUUAGCUUACAGUAAUUU